GCUGCGCGUGCGCGGGGCGGGCUCCCGGGGCGGGCGGUGAGGAUGGCGGCCAUGGGCGCGAUGGCGGCCAUAGGGCCCCUGCCGGCGGGCCCCGCGGCGCUGCCGCCGCUGCCCACGCUGGGCGUGCCCGGGGUGCCCGAGCUGAAGCCGCUGACGCGGUACGAGGCGAUGCGGCUGGGCCCGGGCUGGAGCCACUCGUGCCACGCCAUGCUGUACGCGCCCAACCCGGGGAUGCUGUUCGGCCGCAUCCCGCUGCGCUACGCCGUGCUGAUGCAGAUGCGAUUUGACGGACUACUGGGCUUUCCCGGGGGGUUCGUGGAUCGCCGUUACUGGUCCCUGGAGGACGGUCUGAAUCGGGUGCUGGGCUUGGGUUUGGGCUGUGUGCGCCUGACGGAAGCUGACUAUCUGUGCUCGCACCUGACAGAGGGGCCACACCGCGUGGUGGCCCAUUUCUACGCCAGGCAGCUGACCCUGGAGGAGCUGCACACCAUCGAGAUCAGCGCGGUGCAUUCCCGAGACCACGGGCUGGAGGUGAUGGGCAUGGUCCGCGUGCCCCUCUACACCCAGAAGGACCGCAUGGGGGGCCUGCCCAACUUCCUGGCCAACUCCUUCGUGGGAACCGCCAAAUUCCAGCUGCUCUUCGCCCUGAAGAUCUUGAACAUGGUGCCUGAGGAGAAGCUGGCCGAGGCCGUGGCUGCCACGCAGAAGCCGAAGAAGCCGCCGCUCGACCAGGCGGCGGGAGCUCCCGGGAACCCGCACGGCGGCGCCAAGCCGGGCAACGAGCUGCUGGUGCCCGGUAAAACGGGCAACGAGCUGGCAGAGAGGGGAGAGAACCAGGCAGCGGGGCAGGCCGAGGUGGCCGAGCAGGCGGCGGGAGGGCUGGAGAGCCAAGCGGUGGUGGCGGAGCUGCCGGCGGAGCAGGCGGGGCUGGGGGCAGACGCCGGGGCCGAGCAGCCGGGGGCUGAGCCCAUGGAGUGAAAGAAGAAAAGUGGGUGAGAAUUCGAAGAGACUUUCUUCUACCUUUCCAACCUGCCGCUGGCUUGAGGGCGCUGCCCCCACCGCCCAGCCGGGAGGGGGUCGGGUUUGAAGCAGGGGAAAGUGUGAUGUAUUUUUUAUGGCCAUUAAAAGUCUUAGCGAGCUUCCCAGAUCCACCCGCGCGGCCCCCGCCGAGAGUUCCUGUGCUUAGUGAGGGCACCCGAGCCUUAGAAUUCAUGCUUUUGAUUUCAGGGACCCCCUUGCUGCUGCUGUCAGGUCCCCCCCCCUUUCAUUUUUAUUUUUUUUUUUUAAGGAACAAAAUGUUUUAUUUUUCAAAAAGAAUAAAAACACGAAAAAGCCUCCCCCCCCCAUCCCCAUCCCCCCCCCCAUGUUCAGUCGGAGGCGGCUGCGAGCGCAGCGGGCACAGCUGAGGGGCAGGGCUGGGGAGCAGCAGCCCUGCCAGCCUGGGCUCCCUCCCCUCCACGGCUGGGAUCCCACUCAGGGUGCUGUGAAUUCCCUCUGGGGCCUGGGGGUGCUGGUGUGAGUUUCUACCUGGAGAUCUGUGGGAGCAGGAAAGCAGGAAUAAAUGGCUUUGCUGAA